AUGUUUUGGAGAUUUGGUUUAGCCUCCUCUUCUACGAUUGACAGCCUCUUAGAGAAAGAGGAUGUCACGCUAGAGGAUGUGUUGAACGACGCGGAUGUAUUGCAAGAAAGCAAAGCGAAUAACGAAAAACUUGUUGAAUUUUUUCAACGACCGGGCAUUGUACCUCGUCUGCUUGACUAUAUCGUGGGAAACGUCGAAAUCAGCGAUGUUUCGAAUAGCGAGGCUGAGCAAAAUGUUGGAUUUAAAUAUCCUUUCAUUGCAUCAGAAGUGCUUAGUUGUGAAAUUCCAGGUGUCUCGAAGAUCAUGUUGGAUGAUGCCAAUACAUUGCUAGGCCCAUUUUGGGAUGCAAUGUUGAGCGCCGAUGCACUUUUCCAACGUGGACCAGUACCUCUCCAUGAGCAUCCGCUCACAAUGGGCGCGUAUACUGGCGAAAAGCAAGAUGAUGAAGCAUCGGAUAAGAAGACGAAUGAACCUUCAAAGCAACAUCGCAUUUCUGCCCGAACACAUGGCCCUGGUUUCUCAGUUCUAGCUGGGUACUGGUCUAAAGUGAAUAUGACAUUGCUCGAGCGUCAUCCGAAUGAAAUGCUCGCGUUCGUCAAGACACAGCCCAAUGUUGUCGAAGGCCUCACGAAUCACUUUGAAACGCCAGCAAUGGUUGAACUCUUAUACCGCCUUAUUCAGUGUGAGGAUACGAUUCCAGAUUCAGGGAUUGUGGCUUGGCUAGCCGAGCAUGGAUUAAUUCCGCGAAUUGUUUCUUUGCUGUCACCUUUCGUGUCGCCCGACUCUCACAAAGCCGCAUCUGAAUUUUUGAAAACCAUUAUUUCUCUUUCCGCUCCAUCACCUUCCUCGUUAAAUCAGGUCACGAUCCAGGAAACGUUCGGGGGUCCGGGCGAGAUGCUCAUCGGUGCUGGUGGUGUCAACAACUUGCUAGUGCGAGAAUUGGCAUCACAAGAAAAUGUGGACAAAAUGGUAAGCUUCAUGCUGGACUAUGAGGUCGGUGCUUCUUGUCGGAACAGUAUCUCGCAGGAUCUUUCUCGUAAACUCGAUACGCCUUUGCAAACCCUGGAGGAAGACACGGCUGUGGAAGAAGAAGAGGAAGAACAAGAUGUGUGGGAGUUUCACCAAGCCAUGAAAAACCUUCAGAAUCGCCAUCUCUCUAUGUCUCGCAAUUUGUCUAUGUCUGGAAAUGGCAUUCGUGACUCGACGGCCACCAUUCGUCCAUCGAUAUUAAGGCGAUGCAGCUCCAUCAAGAGCACAUUGUCACCCAAAGCUUUGGUGUCGUCUUUUGUCUGUUGUGCUGGUGUAUUUAUCGAACUUAUUCGCAAAAACAACAGUGACUACUUUGAGCAGCACUUGUUUCACACGCUCAGAAAUUAUUUGGUGAUCCGACAGCAGGAAGUUUCGAGUCAGCGCCAAAAAGACCAGGUGUCUGAUCCGACUUCACCAGAGGUGAGUGGACCCGAGUCGGAACGAAAGCCUGAGCUUUUGCUGGAUGACCUUCCUAUGGAAGAUGAUGCCGAUACAGAAGGCCUUGACGAAGCUAUGGAUGAAGUCGCUGAAAAAAUGGGCAUCGUGCAUCUUGGUCCUCUUCUUCAUGCGCUGGCAGAUAAGAUACCCGAUUUCCAGGAAAAAAUGCGGCAUCCUUUUGAGUCAACUGACAAAAUUAUGACGUCGUUGGGCGAAAUCGAACCGCUCACGCAGACACGAUAUUGCAUUGCUGAGCUGUAUGCCGAACUUUUGCAUUGCUCGAAUAUGGCGCUCUUGAACCGUCCGCCGAACUCUGGCCCAAAGUACUCAUCGUCUGGCUCAUUGCUGGGUGGUCUGGAAGGUCUUCAUGCGCUCGCUCGCAGUCUGCAAGGCGAAGACGAUUAUGAUCAGAGCAACCCUAACACUCAGUCUAGUGCUGAAUGGUCGCCAGAUGAGGCGUCCAGUACUAAUGAGGCGGAAGUCUCCGGUCAAGAUCGAUCUCCAUCUUUCUUGUCGUCUGAAAACGAUCAGGAAGACGAUGAAAGCGAUGCCGAAAGCAUCGCCUCUGCAUUGUCCAGUAUGUCUUUGGCUGAUAUGAUCGCGCAGUUCGCACGUCCUCGCUCCUCGCAAAAAGACAGCGAUGUUCAAAUCGUUGGCAACUUUUUGAAGACACAGUUUCAGACGUUCCAGGUUAUCCCUACUCUUAUUGACAUGAUGCUAUCCUACCCAUGGAACAAUUUUCUGCACAAUGUUGUGUACGAUAUUAUCCAGCAGCUCUUCAACAGCGACAUCGAUGUGGCUAUCAACCGUAAACUGAUAAUUUCUGUAUUCAAGGAUGCACACCUUGUGGAAGCAAUUCUCGAAGGUGCUCGUCGCAACCGCAUAUCUUCCGAAGAUGUGCGUCGUAUCCGACUUGGCUACAUGGGCCACUUGAAUUUGAUUGCGGAAGAAAUUAUCAGGUUAUUAGAACGCUUCCCUAUGGAAAUUGGUAAUUUGGUUCAGGACCACUUUACUGAAGGAUGGGAUCAAUUUAUGAAGGAAGAAUUGUCCGAGUCCCGUGCAAAAGAGUCGAUGCCUCUCGCAGGGGGUAGGCCCUCUGCAGGUGGCAUGGGUAUGCAAAAUUGGUCGAGCCUCGAUUCUGACAAUUGGUACUCUAACAACGAUAAUCACUCGUUUGCUCAGUAUCUUUCUUCGCAGAUGCGGACCGACGCGGAUGAAGAAGAAGCUGAUGGAAAUGUGCUUUCAUUUAUCGGCGAUAGUGAUGCCAUGGUAAUGCAGGGUGAUACCGAUCAGGACGAAUGGGGUCCUUUUGCUGACUCACGUUCUGCCUUCGAGUUCACAUCCACGGCUUCAGUGGACAACCAUCAACCUGAAAAGCAAGAGAAUCUCACACCAGCUGAUUGGGCUGCUGAAUUUCGUCGAGGCAAUAUGGGCGAAAUCCCGUCUGAAUCUGCUGUGGAUAAUGACUCGGACUCGGAUGACAUACCUAGUUCUCAUGGUCCUGCCGGACAUGGCACCGAUGACUCCGACGAAAAUGGUGACGAUGAUUCCCCCUACGUUGACCUACACAAACCUGCUACUCUUCGUCACUGCACGCAAUCUUUGGAUCGCAAGCAUCCAGAACGUAUCCCUGAAAGUGAAACUGAUGAACAGCACUGGCCUACUGCCAAUGCAGCUCGUCAUGUUCGGACUCUGUCUGGAGGUGGUGAAGAUAAGGCGCCAGUGCUCGCCGCCGAACAGUUGCAUGAAGCUGUGGAAGCUACAAAAGAGGGAUUACUGCGGCGUCGUCUAUCCGAUGGUACAGUGGUGACUGUCCCCCUAGAUGAUGCUGAGUUGACUCAGUCAUCCUGA